GAACGUGUAACAAGAACACAAAACACCGGAGAAAGAUUUCAAGGUAAGUAGUAGUUAUUCUAUAGUUUUGAUGUUUAGUAAAUAGAUAUUUCAAUAUCACAUGUAACUCUCUGAUUUAUGACUUCACUAAAGUUUGGAAAACUACGGUCACUCUUAAACUAAAAGUGGGUUUGUUAUUCUUUAUACUCAUUUACGGUAGUAUUUAUUUAGAAUCGAUUCGCAUCAAUUCCGGUUUAUUAGCACUUGGAAAUGUUGUGUGUGCAUUAGCUGAUCCACGACGUCGUGGCGGACAUAUACCGUACCGUGAUGCAAAAAUAACAAGAC